UUCCUGUCUAGAUGAUUGUCCUGAAUAGUGUCACCUGCCCUCAUUUGCCUUCCCUCCCUGUUGUAUUAAGGCUCUGUUUCUCUGUUUGUCACUUUGCUGUCAUACUUUGUGUACGAAGUGUUUUAUCCUUUCCUUGUGAUUUUGGAUGUCGUUUUUUUUGGACUUUGGAUUUUCUGCCUUUUUUCUUGGAUUCAUUCACCUGUGCUGAAGUGCUCUCCUGGUUUUGACCCUUCCGUGCCUCAGGCUCCUUCCAGAUCGCAGUCUGAGGCACCCUCGUCCCCCAAAGGGAAGAAGAAGAAGCAUGCCAGAGGCAGCCGUGUUGCACAAGGAAAUGAGCCGUCUGCUGCUGUUUCGACUGGACUCCAGCCUCUAAUUCAGACUUGAGAUUAUCCAAAAAAAGAAAAAAAAAUCACAGAAAGGCUCUGAAGACAUUGGGGGUCCUAAGAGUUCCUUUCUGACAAGCUGAAAAUUCCUGUAUCACUGUAUAUCAAGAGGCACCAGCUGCUUAACCAGCUCUAUGGUUUUCUGACUUGUCCAAGACUGCGAUUUUGGCAUCUGACUAAGAGGAACAUGCUCCGAUGUAAUGGGAGAGCAUUUAGAGUCAGCGGGGAGACAGAGGCUCCACUGUAACAGCAGAGAGGCCUUUCUGUGCCGUGACUCGGAUGAACACAGCAGAUGUUGGGGAAAAGAUGACCCAAGAACAGUGCACUCAUAGGAACAAUGUUCAGAGUUCAGAGAAACCACAAGUGUACAAAGUGGGAAUCUACGGCUGGAGGAAACGCUGCCUUUACUUCUUCGUCCUGCUGCUGAUGAUCCUGAUCCUGAUCAACUUGGCGCUAACUAUCUGGAUCCUCAAAGUCAUGAACUUCACCAUAGACGGAAUGGGCAACCUCAGAAUAACAGAGAAGGGCCUGAAACUGGAAGGGCCCUCGGAGUUCCUCAAACCCCUCUAUGCCAAAGAAAUCCAGUCCAAACCAGGCCGCCCGCUGUUCCUGCAGUCGUCCAGAAACGUGUCGGUCAAUAUCGUCAACAGCAACAACCAGCUGCUCACACAACUUGUAACAGGAUCCAGUGGAUUUAAAGCACGAGGCAAGAUGUUUGAAGUCAAAUCCACCUCUGGGAAGCUCCUCUUCUCCGCAGACGAACAGGAGGUGGUGGUUGGCGCCGAGAGGCUCCGAGUGAUGGGGGCCGAAGGAGCCGUGUUCAGCAAAUCAGUGGAGACCCCACAUGUCAGGGCCGAGCCAUUCAAAGAGCUGAGGUUGGAGUCUCCCACUCGCUCCCUACUGAUGGAGGCUCCUAAAGGCAUCCAGAUCCUGGCUGAGGCCGGAGACAUCCAGGCCAUCUGCAGGAACGAGCUGCGACUGGAGUCCAAAGACGGAGAGAUCUCUCUGGAUGCUCGGAGGAUUCGUCUGAUGCGGCUGCCCGAGGGGAAGGCCUCCACCAGCUCCUCGUCCUCCGGGACCAGGCAGACUGUCUACGAGGUUUGCGUUUGCCCCAACGGGAGGCUCUUCCUGUCCCAGGCUGGCACCGGAUCCACUUGUCAGAUCAGCAACAAUGUCUGCCUCUAGAACUGAUGCAUACAAAUAUAAAUCAAUACACAGAUAUCCAGAGAGAAAGACGGGCAAAAACAGACAGAUCUACACAUACUGCCUGCCUCUAGGACUGAUUCACAGCAAACACAACAUACAAAGACUGCCGGAGCUGACAGAAGUAUCAACAAUGAGAGAUUCUGUACCUUAUACAGACACACUGAUGUAUACACUACACGAUCACAAACACUCAGACUGAUAUUUAGGCUCAACCGAUAUGUUUUAACAGGUCUGUACUGAAAAAUUUUGAAUUGAAGCUGCUCACAGCUGAUAUUUUUUGCCAAUGUUUCAAUGCUAAAGUAUUUUCUCCCUCAAUUUUAUAUGUUUCAGAGUGUAAAAGUCUUUGGAAACAGCAACUAGAGCAUCAUGGGACACCAAAACUCUACUGAGUGCCAUUCUGUCCAAGCUCUUUCUACAUACAGUACAGCAGAUAAUAUGCUUUUAAACUGAAGUACAUAAAAAAAAAUGAGUUACACUGCAACUCAAUAAAAAUGAAGUCAGAAAGGAACCGUUAUCUCUAUCAUAUUGGGUAUACAGGACACCGGCCAAUAUUUCACAAAAGGAGAGUAUUGGUAAAUAUCGGUCUGACCCUAACAGUCAUACCUGCUAUUUAUUGAUAGCAUACAUGCAUUCACACAGUAAAUAUAUUUUAACAAGGUGUAUUCACACACACACACACACACACACAUAUGCAAACGCACACACACACACACACACACACACACACACAUACAGGAGCCUCCUGGUAGAAGCUGAGAGGAAACUCUCCAGAGACUGACUAGAAGGGACGCUGAUCUGUUCUCGUUCUCCCUCAAGCGCAUUUCAGUACCAGAAUCACUAGGGUGAUCACCCAUGGAAACAAGGCCCACGCCUCCGUUCCUCUUCUCCCGUUUUCCUCAUCUUCUCUUUUUCCUAUGCCUAUUGUUACCACAGCUGACAUUAUAAAAUGAUUUCUGGUUUUUCCUGUUGUUCAAAGGCAUUUUCAGUUCCCAUAGACAUGCUAUAAGCACUUAAUUACAGAAUUUCCCACUGUGAAUUGGGUCAGGGUUUAAGGUGGUAUAGUAAAUAAUAGGACUUAGCACUGCAAGACCUGAUAUUGGAGUCCAAAAUGGUACUCGUUCAACUGACAGAGGGAAAAUUUCUUGGUGAUCUCCUCUAGCCUCUGGGAAAAUUUGACAAAUAUACUAUAUAGACGAAAGUAUUGAGACACAGCUCUUUAUUAAUGAAUUCAGAUGAAGUAUGGGGCAGUUUUUCAGGGGUUGGGCAGACAGACUAAAUUAACAUGACAGUGCUACCUUGUAUUUUUGCAACUGAUUGUUCCUUUCUUGUGAUAUGAUGCGAGUUUGGCAAAAAAGUGCGGCAGCUCAACAACUGCUCUGUUUGUUGCUUUUUCUUUCUCUGAUGACAUUUUGCUUUUAUUUGAUGUGAUCUUUUGAGCUUAAACUAAAUGGAAAGCUGUUUUUAAUUUCUGAUUUCCCAUCCACUUCUCUUCCUGUCAAAACAGCAACGCCAACCCCCUCAUCACUCUGACAGAGAAGAAAAUUACACAAACAACCUGUUAUAACCAUAAAUGUCCAAUGUAAGCUGCUUGAACCUCAGCGGUGGUCACCCUACUUGUUUCUUGCGCUGGGACAUUUCUAGAAGAAAAAGGACAAAAAAAACAAAUUAAUGCGAGCCACUCUGUUGAAAGAGGGGAACUGUGCCUGUGCCUUACGUCGAUGCACUUGUGGCAAGAAGAAGCACAUCACACAGACUUUCUUUGGCAUCAACGAGUAACGUGAUCUCUGAUUUCAGUUCAGUUUCAUCCCAUCCACAAAUCCCUCCCUCUGUGCGAAUGCAAAGACCUUCAGCCACAUCUGACUGUAGCGCCCCCUGCUGUCAGCACCUGACUCUUUUACUUACUUACCACUUUAGCUUCCCCAGUUUGGUGGGUGACGCUCUUGUUACUUUGCUCUUCAUGAUCAAAUAGUGUGAAUACCUGUAUUUGUGUUUCUGUUAAUGUUUUAAUUUGAUCAUGUGGAGUUUAAUCGAUUACACCACCGAUGGGUCUGAUUUUCACUGUAUAUCGCAGACCACUUGGCCACAGUAAUCUAGUUUCUGCAGCAUGUUACCGCGCAGCAGGUACAAUUCUGGUGACUUAAGAUGUCGAUGUCAUGGCAGUCCAUCAUCAGUGUAACCAUACUGCAGUGGCCAUGCGCAAAUAUUCUAAAAAGUGAAUAUUUUAAAAAAUGUUGUAAUUAUAUGUUUAAAAAAAGAAAAAAAAGGUCAUUGCUUCAUUCAAUAUCGUCUAAUGUUUUCGUCCAGUGCACAUAUCUAAGUUCUAAAAAACUUUCCAUUCACUGACAUAUUUUGUCUGUUUUCCUCACAAAAGGUCUGGUGUCACAGCAGAGUCCAGCGUUUGAUUCCUAUUGGUGGUUAGGUUAAAAUUCGAAAAAUAAAUUUCAGUUUGUGAAAGAGUAAAAAAUGCAAUCUAUGCGAUAGUAAGGGAAAGAUCGUUCGGUCUCAUGUUCAUAAAAAUAUCAGUUUGUGAAAUACUGACACAUUUAACGUUUUAUCUACAAAUUUGUGCCCAUUCACAUAAAUCCUGUCAUUUAAAUGUCACCAAUAAUUCACAAAAUGCUGUGAUACUGCAACGUAAUAUAGCCAAACGCAAGGCACUGAAACAGUUUUAAGUCUUAAGGCAUCUGUUUUGGACCUUUUAUGAUAACUUGCUGUGUAAAGAGACAUCCACAGGAAACUAGUGUUUUCAGCCAAGUGGCUUGUGAUGGUUCCUGAACACACUCCCAGCAUUUAUCAAAAUCUUAUGUUGUUUAAAGUGUCUCAUCCUUUUCACCAGUCGGGUGCACCAAACCUUCUUGCUGUCUCUCAGCUUGUCUGUCGCUGUAUAUUUAAGAACUUUGAGAAAUAUUUCACAACAAAAUCGAACCUAUCUGAUGUAUUUGUUUUUUGAAUAUGUGUACACCA